ACAACGUUUCCUUCCAUGCGAAGGAUUUCGCUCUGGUCUGCAUCAGGAUUUCGUUUUAUCUUCUGUAUGUUCUCGCGUCCCUUCUCUCACCCGUCAGAUUCCAGUAGUACAAAGGUGGAGAUGGACGAUCCGGAUCGUCUCUUCGGUAGGUUGCCCGAAGGUUGCAUUUCUCACAUCCUCUCCUACACAACUCCUCGUGAUGCGUGUAGAUCGUCAACCCUCUCUCAUACCUUCAAAUCCGCGUCGGAAUCUGACACCGUCUGGGAGAAAUUCUUGCCGUCGGAUUGCUCGGAGAUCCUCUCAAAAUCUGUCAAUCCUGUCGAGUUCUCGUCGAAGAAGGAGCUCUAUUUCCGUCUGUGCGAUCCGAUUCUCAUCGACGGUGGAAAAAUGAGCUUUUCAAUUGAGAAAACGACUGGUAAGAAGUGUUUUAUGUUGUCUGCAAGGGAGCUUUCGAUUGUAUGGGGAGAUACUCCAAGUUACUGGAAGUGGACGAAUCAUCCCCAAUCCAGGUUUGCUGAAGUAGCUGUGCUCAACAGUGUCUGUUGGCUAGAGAUCCAUGGGCUGAUCAACUCCCGCAUGCUCUCACCCAAAACUACGUACAGUGCUCAUUUCAUCAUGGGAUACGAUGUGGGUUCACAUGGGCUCGAGUUCCCCCUUGCGGAAGUGUCAGUUAGAUUAGGAAGUCAAGUGUCCGAACACACUGCCUCCCUUCAGUCCGAGGAGAACCGGAGCAAUCGGGACCGGCUAUGGAACAUGCUUAAUCGCCCUAACAUGUGGCGCCGUACUGGGGCAGGGAAUGCAAGAUGCACCGCACGGGUCCCACUCCCGAGAAGCAAUGGUUGGUCGGAGAUUGAGCUAGGAGAUUGCUACAAUGAUGAGGGAGAUGAAGGGAAGGUUAACAUGAGCUUGUUGGAGGUGAAAGGUGGUAACUGGAAGGCUGGGGUUAUCAUCGAAGGCAUUGAGAUAAGACCCAAGGUGUAAGUUCGGUGUAAAUGGGCAUGCCCCACCUUGUGAAAUUUACCAAAACCUACUUGUUUUCUUAACUAAACGUCCACUACUUGCUUGAGAGUUCAAUAUUUACCCAAAAUCACCUUCUUCCUAAUCGCCCCAUAUUUUCUUUUCACCUUUUUAAGUUCCAACUUAGCCACCACGUCCCACCUGUGGAGCGUGUUUUGAACAUUGAAGUUAAGAACAAGUAGAUUUUGGAAAAUUUUCCUUUUCUUUUCUGUUGUUCCUUUAAUACAUGGUCAGGGUAGGGGCUGAGGCCUUAGAGAAACAUAUACAAACAGGUCUUUGUAGAUAUGAAUAAAAUGGACCUUUUGCAUUA